AUGUCGCCGCGCAAUGGCCGCCGCACCGGCGCUCACCGGGCGCACUCGCUGGCCCGGCAGUGGAAGACGAAGCGGCGCCGCCGUGACCUGGACGAGAUCCACGGGGACCUGCAGCCCGAGAAAGCCGCUCGGCUGCUGCGGCAGGAGCCCGACCCCGACCUGCCGGGCUGCGCCCAGUUCUACUGCCUGCACUGCGCGCGCUACUUUGUGGACCUGACCAGCAUGAAGGAGCACUUCAGGUCCAAGGUGCACAAGAAGAGGCUGAAGCAGCUGCGGGAGGCACCGUACACACAGGAGGAGGCAGAGCGCGCCGCCGGGAUGGGCUCCUACAUCCCCCCGAAGAAGGUGGAAGUGCAGACCCAGCCAGUCGAGGAAGCCAUCGAGAUGGAGGCGUCCAGCUGAGCGCAAGCGGACUGAGGGGCCGGGCGGCUCCGUAAGGGCAUCUUUGUCCUCGGCUUUGUGAGAAAAGCAUGUCCCAGCGCAGCCUGCCAGCAAGCAAACGCGCCGCUGCUCCUGGCAGCCCUCCUCGCCGGAGCACUAACGAGGAGAAGGAGCCAGCGAGACCCCAGGUGCCCUCGCUGUGUGUCCUCCUUCUCAGGGAAGGGGCAAGCGGCUUCUUCCCUAAGCGCUGGCAUGACUGUACACUCGUCUCUUGUGCUUUCAGAGCGGUUUUAGGCCUCUCUCCUUGGGUCAGAGGUUGACCCUGGUGAGUCGCCCAUUAAAAUAUGUCAACCA